AUGAGUGACGAAGUAAAAGCAAAGGAAUUCUUGGAUAAGGCUGAGAAGAGAGUCAAGGGAAGUUCAUUCAUGAGCUUCUUUAGCGGUGGAAGUGGUGCAAAGUUUGAGGAAUCCGCUUCAGAUUUCACAAAGGCAGCAAACUUGUAUAAAAUGGCAAAGAAGUGGGAUCAAGCUGGUGCAGCAUUCCAAAGAGCAGCCGAAUGCUACUUGAAGGCAAACAGCAAACACGAUGCAGCUUCAUCGUAUGUCUCUGCAGCCAACUGCUACAAGAAGGGUAAUGUUGCAGAUGCAGUCAUCACUUUGAAGGCUGCUAUCGAGUACUACACCGACGAAGGUCGAUUCUCGAUUGCUGCCAAGCAUCAAAAGGAGAUUGCCGAGCUCUACGAAGCAGAGGGUGAUCUCGAGCAGGCCAACGCCAGCUACCAGAUCGCUGCCGACUUUUUCGAGGGAGAAAACUCUACAGUUGCCGCCCAUCAAUGUCUCUUAAAGAUUGCACUCUUCUCUGCACAACUCGAGAGAUACGAUAAAGCCAUUGAGAUUUACGAGCGUGUUGCAUCUGCUUCACUAGACAACAAUCUCACUCAAUAUGGAUGUAAAGAAUAUUUCUUCAAAGCAUGUUUAUGUUAUUUAGCAUCUGAUGAUUUGGUAUCAGGUGAACGUGCUUUACAAAGAUAUAAAGAUAUGCAAGCAUCUUUCUCUGCCACAAGAGAGGCUCGUUUAUUAGAUGAUAUUAUUCAAGCUUGUAGACAAAAUAAUGUUGAAAACUUUACCAAUGCAGUAUAUGAUUUCAAUACAAUUAGUCCUUUGGAUUCAUGGAAGACCAGUAUGUUGUUAAAAGUAAAGAGUACCAUCAACAAGGAUGCAGAAUCUGUUGUCUAA